AUGGAUGAGCAUUUCAGCUAUGCAUUGUAUGCGCUAUUUUCUUUCAUAUGUUUCGGAGAGAAAUUUGAUGAGAGAACCGUGAGGAAUAUACAAAGGGUACAUCAUGGUUUUCUUCACAACUUCAUUAAAUUUAAUAUGUUGAAUGUUGCACCUUUCUUGUCUAAGAUCGUGUUCAGAGGGCUGUGGAGAGAGAUCUUGAAAAUUCAUGAAGAUCAGGUGAAUGUGUUCCUUCCUAUCAUAAAAGCACGCCAGGAGAAGAUAAAGGGCGAGCUUGUUGUUGAAGAGUUUAAGGCUUAUGUGGAUGCCCUUUUUUAUAUGAAGCUCUCGAGCAAUGGAAGCAAGUUGAGGGAUGAAGAGUUAGUGAGUAUGUGUGCUGAGUUUAUGAUAGGUGGAACUGAUACAACAGUGAUGACUUGGCUAUGGUGCAUGGCGAAUUUGGUGAAGUACCAGCAUGUGCAAGAGAAUGUGUUUGAUGAAAUUAAGAAUGUUGUUGAAGGUGAUGAAGAGAUUGAGGAAGAGCAUUUGAAAAGGAUGCCUUAUUUGAAGGUUGUGGUGUUGGAGACUUUAAGGAGGCACCCUAUAGGGUAUUUUAUAUUGCUUAGGCAGAAAAAUAUAGUAUAUGGCUUCGAUUCUUAG